CAUCCCCGGGCUCCUUGCAUCCCCGGGCUCCUUGCAUCCCAGCCCCUGCAGCGGGAAGCUUGGCGGGGCUGCGAGCUGAGAGCGGGCUUGGCAGGCAGGAGGCUGCUCCCGCGCUUACUUAGCGCCUUUUUGUGGAUGUUGAUGUUUGGGUGUUUUGAUCGUUGCCAGUGGCUCUGGUGGUGUUUGUGGAAUUGCGUGUGCCUCGCUUUCUGUACCUUCUGCAGAGCUCGUGCCAUGGGCAUGCACGGGCUGUCCCUGUCACUCUGCUCUCCCUCACUGCCCACUCCAAAACAACUGAAAUGAGAGCAUCUCACACGAACCUUUCUGCUUUCAAAAGGAGAAAAGUGUAUUUUACAGGGAGGUGCUAAAAUAGAUCUGUUCCUGGCUGGUUUCCAUGGGAUAGGCCUUAACCCUGAGCUAUAAAUUUCACUCCAUGAUUUCUCAAUCACUGAUUUCUGUUGGCAUAGAAGGUGAAAUUGAAAAACCAAAACAGCGUCCCUUACCCAAAAACCUGUGAACUUCCAAAAGACCCAUGCUGGCAUAAGUACCCUAACUACUCACUUUGGUUCCGUGUAUCCAAAGGACAGGUCCUGAAAAAGGGUUCUUGAUCCUGCCGAAGACCUGCCACAAAACAGAUAAGCACAGCACUAUUAGAUUCCUCAUUCACUCCCUGAAACCAUUCCUGUUAAACAGUGUCCCUGCUUAGUCAAUCUUUCCUGUCCCACACGCUGCCGUGAACUGCACUUUCAGGAGCUGAAUCUGUGGCAAGGUGGACUUGCUUUUCUCAGACGUGCUAAUGUAUUUUGUGUCAAGAGCUACAUGAUUGAGCUGGGAUAUUGCCCGUGCAAAGCAGGAUGGAGAACAAUAUCCUUCUGUCCUUUGCUUGCACACAAACCAAGUGCAAAAUUAAAUGCAGAAAUCCACUCUGGGAAAGUGGUCAGUGAAGGGAAGGAGGCAGGCACUGGUAAGUUGCUGAUACUUUCCAUUCCACUUAGGAGGACUGGAAUUUGUGAAUUCCCAACCCCAUGAAAGGAUUUUUUAAAAAACCGAAAAGUAUCACUGAUAUAAUUAGAAAAAAACCCUAAACCCACAACUAUUUGGUUCCGCUAGUACUAAAAAUACAGAAAAGUACUGAAAAUUGAGUAAAUAAACACUUUACCUUUUAAAAGGAAGGGAAAAAAAUCAGAACUAUUAACUUAGAACACACUGAAAGUGUUUGCCUAUGGCUCUGUAUUUUCCUUCUACUGAGGUCAUGCCUCAGGCCAGUUUUAUACCAGAAUAUCUCAAAUAAAACCUCAUAGGUGUUAGAAUGGCCCUUGUCUUUAUGGUAUCAGCCAUUCCCAAAUAUCAAAUAUUUAAUUUUAAACUUGAGCCUUGAUAACUUUGAGAAUCACUAUUCUGACUUACUUCCAACCAUCUAGCAAGGAAGGAAUUUCUUGGCUCAGAAGUUCUGGCUUAAUUUCACUGGUGUUUUAUAUAGCCAGAGCAAUGUAAAAGACUUGAAGGAAAUUUAGCUGAUGGAGAAUAUCUGCCAGUCUUUGCUAGAAGAGAGAGUACUAUCAAGCCUUGUCUCCAAAUAUGUGCCUGCCCCCCUUGAUGGCUCACACCUGUGAAACUACAGUAAAUAUGUGCACCAAAAAAUAUCUGACAUACAAUACAGUGCACUGCCAUAUUUCUUGUUAGAAUCUGUGGGACAGAAAGUGGACCAGUUAGAGUGAGCAGAUACAAUAAUAAUUAUCCAAAAACUACAAAACUACUUGCAUCUUAUUUUCCACUCUGAGAAGUAUCUCCAUGGGAUAUAAUCAGUAAAAAAGAGCCAUGUUUAAUCAGGCUGCAAGCUGUGAAAAGUCCUGAUCUUUAUUCAAACAGGUAUCUUCACUUACUCAAUGUGUUUGUAACUAGUAGCAUCUACAUAAACACGUUCUUAAAAUUCCUCUGAAAAUCAACCUGGAUCAGCCAGGCUUAAGUUAGGGAAAAAAAUAUCCCCUCCUGAAGCUUUAGAAACCUCUUAGUUCUAGAAACUAUAGCUGUUCUAACUUUAUUAAAUGGUCACUUGCAUUGACAUAUACACAGGGCCUGUGACCCUUUCAGAACUAAUGGUCCUACUAAGUGGUGCCAACAGCAAAUAACCUUUAUUAUGUGCUGAAAGGAGGCACAAAUGGAUAAAGAUGUACUACAGCCAUACUUUUAAGAAGGAAUGAAGAGGUUAGCACAGAUAAUUGUGAUUCUAAAACUCAGAUUUUGGUUUUGGGGGUUUUUUUAUGCUUGAAGUUCUAAACUUAAUACUGUUCUUCAGUUAGUUUCUGUCUCUUGUUCUUAGGUACAGCAUACAGAGGGACAUAAAAACCACUAAACUUGAAAUUGGGCUGAGAGGAUUUUUCCACCUGGUCUGUGAGGAAUAGACAACACCACUGAGAAGUCAUCCAUUUGGAAAACAGUGAUUAUUUGCUUCUCUUAAACUUUUCCACCUUUAUUUAUGUCUUUAGGUUUACAACAAUGGUAAAGGAAGAUGUAAAUGACAGUGAAGAUUCUGAAACAUCAGUAUGUGAGAGAAAUGGCAUGAUUCCCAUGCAUGAGCAAAGUGAGCAGGGACCAACAGCAGAUGCCAAGGGUACUGAUGGGAAUGUACAAACAGAAGAAACUGCUCUCUUGAACCACUGCACUCAGCAACCUCCAGAACCAACAGCAGGGUCUCCAGUACCCGCAAGAACAUGGAGGCAAAUAUUUGCUUGUCCUCCUCAGGGUUUACUGGCCCAAACAGUGACAAAUGUUGCAUUUGUGGUCCUGGUUUGGGCUGUGCUUUGGUCCAUAACUGGGGCUGAGUGUCUCCCAGGUGGAAAUCUCUUUGGAAUUCUAUUUCUUUAUUUCUUUGCUGUCAUCGGAGGUAGAAUUUUUGGAUUCAUUAAAAUAGGAACGCUGCCCCCUCUUCCUGCUCUUCUGGGGAUGCUACUUGCUGGUUUCCUAAUCCGAAAUACCCCGUUCAUCAGUGACCUUGUCCAGAUAAACCUACACUGGUCUGCAGCACUGAGGAAUAUUGCUCUUUCCAUUAUCUUGACCCGAGCAGGACUCGGCCUGGAUCCAAAGGCUCUUAAGAAGCUCAAAGGUGUGUGUUUACGGCUUGCUUUCGGCCCGUGCCUCUCAGAAACAGGCACAGCUGCUGUCCUUGCCUACAUGUUCCUGCAUUUGCCGUGGCAGUGGGGAUUUAUAUUAGGUUUUGUUCUAGGUGCAGUCUCCCCUGCUGUGGUGGUUCCCUCCAUGCUGAUUUUACAAGCUGGGGGUUAUGGGGUGGAGAAAGGUGUCCCAACUUUGUUAAUGGCAGCUGGCAGCAUCGAUGACAUUCUGGCUAUCACAGGCUUCAACACUUGCCUUGGGAUGGCUUUCUCUUCUGGUUCUACUCUGUACAAUGUGCUCCGUGGAGUACUCGAGGUUGCUGUUGGCAUAGCAGCUGGGGGAAUUCUGGGAAUGUUCAUUCGCUAUUUCCCAAGCCAUGACCAGGCAUCUUUGGCAUGGAAGAGAUCAUAUUUUGUACUUGGACUGUCCAUGUUUGCUGUUUUUGGCAGCAUCUACUUUGGCUUCCCUGGAUCAGGAGGGCUCUGCACAUUAGUCUUAGCUUUUGUUGCAGGUGUGGGAUGGUCUGAUGAAAAGAGGGAAAUAGAAAAAAUUGUGGCAGUUGCUUGGAAUAUCUUUCAACCUUUUCUUUUUGGUUUAAUUGGAGCAGAAGUAUCCAUUACAUCUCUUAGGCCUGAAACUGUUGGGCUCUGUGUUGCUAUAUUAGGCAUUGCCCUAGUUGUGCGAAUUGUAGCAACGUUCCUGAUGGUGUCUUUUGCUGGGUUUAAUUUCAAGGAGAAGGUAUUUGUCUCACUGGCAUGGAUUCCCAAAGCCACUGUCCAGGCUGCAAUAGGUUCUCUUGCCCUGGAUACAGCAAGACGACAUCAAGAUGAGCAACUGGAAAAGUAUGGAAUGGAUGUACUGACAGUUGCUUUCUUGGCUAUCUUGAUCACUGCUCCAAUUGGAGCCCUGGUUAUCGGCUUAGCAGGGCCCAGACUUUUGCAGAAGGCUCAGACAAAUAGCAAGGAGGAUGAGGAAGGUGCAGAGGUUGGAGAAGAGGCGAAGGCUGGUGAACCUUCGUAAGAGAGACAACUACAGCAAUCUGCUCCUUCAACCCUGACACUUUUGUUGAGUAAAGAUGGCACGUCUCUAAUCUUUCUGGAGGAACCUAAAACUAUCAGUUACCCCUGCUAUUUUUAAAGCAGUCCUGGUGGAGUUCUAUAAAAUAUUUUUAUGUGAUGAUCGUGCCUUUAGAUGAAAUAGCUGAACAUACAGUGAAUAAGAUGACCUGGCAGUGAGUCACUGAGAACUUAGCAGUCAAGAGUUGCUUGAAAUGUGUGGGUGGUGAGGCCAGAGAGAGGGUCAGAAUUGUUGAGGCAUGGAGUGGAGUCAUGAGGUAGAAUAUAAACAGAAAAAGAUGGAGACUAAUGUGAGUAACUUCUUGAUGGUUGAAACUGGGCUGUGAGAUGACAAGUUCCACAACUCAAAGAAAGCAAUUUCCAAGUAAGAGAUUGCUGACACAUAGUGAACAAGUCCUGCCAUGGGUUGGUGAUUCUCUCUCCUUCCUCAUUUGAGUUCUAAAACCUGCCUUUGCUUAUUGCUGUUCUUCCUCAUGGCUGAGGCACUCCUUUGUGCCUUCAAGGACUGCCAGCUCUGGUCAUAGCAAGGAACAGCAAGUGGCACUUACAUGCUCAAGGAGACAGCUGGGGCCAUCCUAGACUGUGGUAAUAGAGAUGUUGGUGCCAUCAGAAAAAAGGAGAGGGCCUGAAAAUGGGAUGAGGGUUGUGGGGUGGCUAUAAGGACUGGGGAUAGGUUGUAUGGGAUUGGGAUGGCUGCAUCUUCACCUGUGUACCUCUGCCUUCACACAACAUGUUCUACAGCCAGGAGUAACCUCUGUUGAUCAAAAUCCUGCUCUUGCCUUUUAGAUUUGGUACCACUUGACAGAUACCAGUAAAUCUGUCUGCCUCUGCUAUGUUUUGUACAACUAGCUCCAAGUAAGUUAGUAACUCCAUUCGGAGGUAUGAGGUCAGUACAGCGUCCCUCAGAAACUGGAAGUUACUUUGUUAUUUUUUGGAAAGGCUAUUAGAUCCUGCUAGUAACUGAGGCAGACAACACCCUCCUGCAGAUUUCUACACUAUAGUUCACUGAACUAAUUUUACAGGAUACUGUGUAGAAUACAUUUGAUGGUGUCUAGAUUUUCGCAUUAGUAAGAACUAAUAAUUUCUAUUUUAGCUUUUAAAUUUUUAAUAUGCAAAAAAAAUGUACAAAAAUACUUUUAACUACUUAAAUACUUCUAAUGUUGACACUGUACUAUUUACAGAGAGUCAUAUGUCAUACAGAUGAGCUGUAUAUAGCUCAAUAUGUAUGCCUUUGUAUAAGCCUUACUCUCCAAGCAAAAAGAAAGCUUCCUGAGAAAUACUUAAAUUUCAUAGCCUGCAGUUUCAGCACAAUGAUAAAAAUACCAGGAAAUUCUUUGGUAAGUUUUCUCUUAACAGUUGUCAUUUACAUUAUAUUUUUCUAACUAUGCAUACUUCUGUUCUCUCUGCUUCCUCGGGAAUGUACCAUCUUUAGUUCAGUUUGUCUCCUGACCUGAAAGGAAGAUGCUUUCAGAUGGCACCUGAUGGGUUUGAAGCUAGAGCAGUGGUUAAGGCUGCUGUGCUUGGUUGUUAUUGAGACAUACCUGGACUUCUGUGCCUGUUCUACUUCACCUGCACUCCUGCUGUUCCCCUGGCCCACUCCUGUUCAGCAUCUUUAUUGAUGAUCUGGAUAAAGGGGAUUGAGUGCACCCCCAAUAAAUUCAUGGACAACA